GGUGGAUCUGCUCUGAGAGAGCAAACUUGAACAAAAGACGAUUGAUUUGCUUGAAUUCGUUUGAAAAUUCUGGAGAUCAAAUGGCGAUGGAUGUGGAGGAGAGUGGAGGCGAAUUGAAAUUUCCCUGUUGGGAGCCUAUCCGCCGAAGGCCUGAACCGGAUGCGGAUUUCUUUGCUGCUGGUAACAUCGAACGAGAGCUACUCUCCAAACAGGUAGCAUUGGACAUUUCGGAAGAAGAAAAACAGAAGAUACGAGGCGCGGAAGAUUGGAAGAGCAGUGAACUAUAUUGCCCAAUUGUUGGUUGCGGAGCACGCCUGAAAUAUCUAGACGAUUUCGAAGAUCACUACAAUGGACGGCACAUGGCAUCUUGUUCAGUCUGCUCACGAGUAUAUCCUACAUCACGUCUACUCAGCAUACAUGUAUCCGAAGCCCAUGAUUCUUUCUUCCAGGCAAAAGUUGCCCGUGGAUUCACUAUGUUCGAAUGCCUCGUUGAAGGGUGCAACGUGAAGCUUAAGAGCUACAAGAGCCGGCAACAACACCUGGUCGACAAACACAAAUUCCCUUCUUCAUUCGAGUUCUUCAAGCAAGCGAAGCCAUCGAAAAGGCAGAGGCAGAAGAUUCAAAAUAAACAGGCAGCGAUGCGCAAGAAAGACAAUGAUUCCUCGUCAACUGCAAUGGUGGUGGAUGACGAAAACAUCGACAAUCUUGUGUCAGCUGUCUCGAAAAUGAGCACUCGGGACACUCCAUCUUCUAUCAGUUUCGGCCGCCACUCUCACUCGACGCCGUUCAUCCCUCGGACCAUCCGAAAACAUACAUGAAAGAUCGGAUAGGAAGGUUAAAAGCAGAAGAAAUUAUCAGCUAGCAGAAGUUCAGACAUCAGAUGUUCAGCUCUCAGAAAACGUUACUUGGUAAGCUUUACAUCCUUUGUUUAUAUGGACUAGACGUUUUUUUUUUAAAUGCGACUUUCUUAACAUAACCACGUUUUUAGUUCUUCUUUCUCUUCUUGA